UCAAUUUUUCAAAUGUGUGAAAAAAAAUCAAAUUUUAAAAAAUCUAAAAUUUUGCACAAACAAUUUUCUUUCUUCCGGCCCAAAUAAAAAAUCUCAACCUGCAUCAAAUUUUUGGGUUGGGUUUUGGUUCAUAAAACAGACCUAUCACUUGAUUAAAAAAUUGGCCCAAUUACCUCCCUUUCCAAAUUCAUUUCCUCUUCAUUUUUCACUUUCUCACUUCACGGUACUGGCCUUUCCCUUUCGCUUCCACUGUGACUAUGCCGCUGAUGACCUUCCGUCGUGUUCUCACCGCCACUCGCAGAACCUCCAAUCUGCUCUCUCAUCAAUCCCUACCUCUCUCCUCCCGCCACAUAGGACUCAAACCCAAACUUCCGUUCACCCUCUUGUUGCUCUAUCAUCGCUCGCUAUCCUCAUUGCCAACCCAGAAUCCCGCAACCCUAAAACCCCCACAAAAACCCCAAGACCCAAUCACCCCUACCCCAACAAGAUCCCGAACACCCCUCGAGAAGCAAUUCGAGACAUGGGUCCAGAAUCUCAAACCAGGAUUUUCCCCAAUCGAAGUCGACGAGGCCUUGCGAGCUCAAUCGGAUCCCGACCUCGCCCUCGACAUUUUCCGAUGGACGGCGCAGCAGCGGAACUACAAGCACAACCACCUCACCUACCUCACCAUGAUCGGAAUCCUCAUCGACGGCAAGCGCUACGGCCACGCCGAGACCCUCGUCGAGGAGGUAAUCGCCGGAGCUUGUGAAAUCAGCGUCCCGCUUUACAAUUCCAUGAUUCGAUUCUGCUGCGAUCGGAAAUUCCUGUUCAAUCGUGCGUUCGAUGUGUAUAAGAAAAUGUUGAAGUCCGAGGACUGCAAACCCACACUUGAAACUUACACUCUCCUGUUCAAUUCUCUGCUCAGGAGGUUCAACAAGCUCAAUGUUUCUUACGUCUAUCUACGAGCCGUCCGAUCUUUGACGAAGCAAAUGAAAGCUUGUGGUGUAAUUCCUGACACUUUCGUGUUGAACAUGAUCAUAAAAGCUUAUUCGAAAUGUCUUGAAGUGGAUGAAGCAAUUCGGGUUUUUCACGAAAUGGGUUUGUAUGGAUGCGAACCAAAUGCUUAUACAUAUGGUUAUAUUGCAAAGGGAUUGUGCGAGAAGGGAAGGGUUGGUCAGGGUUUGAAGUUUUAUAAGGAAAUGAGGAAGAAAGAUUUGGUUCCUAGCGGGAGUACAUAUAUGAUUGUGAUAUGUAGUUUGGCUAUGGAGAGGAAAUUUGAGGAAGCGAUUGAAGUUGUUUUUGAUAUGUUGGGUAAUUCUUUGUCUCCUGAUUUGUUGACUUAUAGAACAUUGCUCGAAGGAUUGUGUAAGGAUGAGAGGGGUGAUGAGGCUUUUACUCUGCUUGAUGAAUUCAGAAAGAGGGACGGUUUGAUGGGUGAGAAGAAUUAUAAGAUUUUGUUGAAUGGAUUGCAUUUUGUAAAUCGGGAGUAGAAUUCAAAACUAGUUUGGUUUUGUUUUGAGGGAGGAGUUAAAUAGCCUUUCGGCAUAAUCAUUGGUUCAUACAUUUUUUUUUUUUUUUUGGAGAAAAAAAAAAAAAGCUUAUACAUUUUCAGUCGCUCUUCUGUGACAAUGUACGUGUACUUCUCCUUAGAUUUUAGAUGGUAUUUGGAGUAAAAUGUUAGAUGUAAAGUGUUGUGUGUUUUAAUUUUAUUUUCAUGUUGCGAAGUGCUUAUUUUGAAAACAAGGGCAACAUAAAUUAUGUAAAGCAUGAGAGACGCCAAAGCUGUUGAAAUUUCUGAGCAGGUGGAGCAGCAUAAAAAGACUUUGGUUUUCUAUUGUUUAGUUUAAAAUAUUAUCGGAGCAGCAUAAAAUGACUAUGGUUUUCUAUUGUUUAGUUUAAAAUAUUAUCAAAUACAUAGUAUUUUAUAUAAAAUUGGAAAUAUAUAUUGUAUUAGAUUUACUUUAGAAAUGUUAUAGAUUUUAAGUUUUGGUUGUCUGGUUAGGAAGAUUAUGAAUAAAAUAGUGAACAAUUGUAUA